CACCUCGGGAGGAAAACACGGGAUCAAUAGCAGGAGGAAACACACACACGCACAAAAAGACGCAUCAGAUGUUUGCAUCCACGAGCGGCUGAAAGUGGAUUUCUUCUCCCCGCAGCAGCGUCCAAAGUGCCUUCAGCUUUCCGUCCAGCGCGAUCAUGCCGAGAGGAUUUUUGGUAAAAAGGAACAAGAAAACCAACCCGGUGUCCUACCGGGUUCGCUCCGACGACGAGGAAGCGGAGCAAACAGCGGCUGAUGUGCCGCCGCUGCCUCCGUCCUCCGCGCAUCUCUCCUCCAUCCCGGUGCGCGCACAAACGCCGACGCCCACCUGCGGGGUGGCGGCCACGGCUCCAGAGCCGGACGCUAAACCUGUGCAGUUCGGGAAUCCAGAGGCGGUGUACCAGGCGCUCUACAGCCCCACACGCCCCGUCAGCCAGGAUCACGACCGCUCCUACUUCGAGAGGCGCUUCAACCUCGGAUCACCAGUUUCCGCGGAGUCUUUCCCCACACCAGCAGCGCUCACCGCUCUGGACCACCUCUUCGCCCCGGUGGACCUGAAAAUCGGCUCCAGCAACAGCAGCCGCACCGACACCAGCGCUACGUCCACCGCGACGCUCCCUGCCGCUGCAGCGUCCAAACGACCAUCCGGCGACACGGAGCGCAAAGGCAAGCCGCCGUCCAAGAAAACCAAAGCUAUCCGGAAACUGCACUUUGAGGAUGAUGUCACCACAUCUCCGGUCCUCGGGCUGAAGAUCAAAGAGGCGCCGGUGGACCAGAAGCCGUCCAGACCCCAGCCGGCCGGAGGAGAGAACAUCCCGCUUGGGGAGUUUGUGUGCCAGCUGUGCCGGGAGGCGUACGCAGACCCGUUUUCUCUGGCGCAGCACAAGUGCUCCAGGAUAGUCCGGGUUGAGUACAGGUGUCCCGAGUGUGACAAGGUGUUCAGCUGCCCGGCCAACCUCGCCUCUCACCGGCGGUGGCACAAACCGAAGCCGCAGAGCGGUGCGCAAAAUUUAGAGUGCGACAAGGUGGCCGCGUCCGGGAAGACGGCUUCGGAUGAAGCGAAGGAUUCUAGUGACAGGGACACACCCAGCCCUGAGCCGUCCGAGUCCGGCUCCGAGGAUGGACUGUAUGAUUGUAACCAGUGUGGGAAAAGGUUUAAGCGCCAAGCGUACCUGCGCAAGCACCUGGCGUCACAGCACGGCUCCCCAAAGCCGGCGGAGGAGGAGGACGCACCGGCAUGCGAGCAGAGCGCGGCGCCGCUCAACCUGAGCUCGUCCACCUGCCACCUGUGUCCCGUCUGCGGGGAGAACUUUACCAGCAGAGGCAGCCAGGAGCGGCACAUCCGCCUGCUGCACUCCUCACAGGUGUACCCCUGCAAGUACUGCCCCGCCGUCUUCUACAGCUCCCCGGGACUCACCAGGCACAUCAACAAGUGCCACCCGUCCGAGAACCGGCAGGUGAUCCUGCUGCAGAUGCCGCUCCGCCCUGCCUGCUGAUCCGGGACUCUGGGCUGCUUUCUCACUGUCAGAUGACAAGAUUCACAUUCCAGCCUUGUUUCUGGGAGGAUUGUAGUGUGACACUGCAAAAAUAUCUGUAAUCUAAAACAUUUUCCUUUGUUUUCAAUCGUUUGGUGAGAAGCUGCAACUCUGACUUCAGGUCAUUUAGUUGCAGUUACUUGGUUCAAAAUCACUCCUAAGCUUUUGUCCAAUUUGAAGAAUUUUCAACAUACUGAUCUUAAAUUUUCCCACACAUUUCUAGAAUAACUUGCUCUUUCUUUAAAGCUUAUUCUGCAUGUUAAUACAAGGAAAAGCACAAAUUACACAAGAAUAAAGUGGAAUUGUUCUAUUUUCUGGCUAAAAAGCUGCCAUGAACGGAUAUUUUUGCAGUGUAACUCUUAAAGCACAUCGAAAGAGUCAAAAAAUGUCCUCACAUACCCGCUCACAUGCAGCUGGCAGGGAUUCAGUGCCUUGCUCAAGGACACUUCAGCCGGUUCUGGGUGUGUGUGUUUGAACCCCCGACCUGUGACCCCACUUAAUGGAUCUUUGACGUUUUGAACACUUAAAAAGCGUUAGACUGUUAAUUUAUUUUUCUAGCAUCUCUGCACAAGUGCUAUUAGCUCCUAGACCUAAGAGAGGGGACGACCUGUAGCCGAUAAAAACCAGAAUUCGCAGGCCUGAACAGACCUUAUCUCAUCACUCUGAUUAGCUUUAACAUAGCUUGUGGAUCUGUGGAUCAGUAGCUGUCGCCUGAAAACAAAAAGAGUAAAACUAGUGUAGCCGGUAAUGCCUUUGGAUUAGAAACUCCUGCUGUAAAACUGCCUUAAACUCCACUGAUCUGAUUGUUUUUGAUCACUUAUUUAUCACUGGCUGGGUAUAUGAUGAUUAUUUUCUACAAAGCCUUCUGUAUUACCAAUAUACAGUAUAUCUAAUCUUGUUUUUUUCUAUUUAUUUAUGUAUUUAUUAAAUUAUUUGUGUAAAUUAUUGCUCUGUGUGGUUAAACCUGUGAUCUGUUGCUGUGUUUUUUCAUGAUGUAGCCAAAUCGUUUUUAUUUUCCUUUAACUUAUAUGAAAAAAGGUGUGAGGACGGUGUGUUCAUGUGACAUUAUAGCAAUCAAUGAGUUCUAUCAGCCGCUCUUGAAUAAGAACCAAUGCAAUCAUGUUUUUAUUUGACUUUUUUUUUGUUUUGAUUUGUUUUUGUUUUUUUGGUUUCAUUGUAACUCUUAGCUCUUAUACUGCUUUGGAUGUUUCUGCAGUAUUUUGCUAAAUGUCCAAAAAAUAAUAAAAACCAAACUGAGAAACGGA